UCUGCCCCUUCUAUUUCCACCUUCAACUGUAAAAAAGAAAAAGAAAACUUUCUCGUUUUCUUUCUCUGACGCUAUAACGUGUUUCGUUUUCUCUCUCUAGAAAUGGGAACAGCUAUCCUUCGUUCCCACGAUUGCCUCCAAGGUCGCUUCCUCCCUAAUGAAGCCUUCGCCAUCGCCACGUCACGCGUAGCGUCGCGAAGAAACUCUAACCCUAAUAACAACCAUGCCUUCGCCUCCUCCGCCAAUCAGAUACGCCGCCGGAAGCGGAGUCCGGUCAUUGAUCGAGAUCGCCGUCGAUCCUCCGACCGAUCGACGGAGAAUUCUCCGUCCUCGGCGAACCUCGUCAUGGGACAAGUUAAGAUCCUGAAGCGUGGCGAGAAUUUGAGCCUGCUGAACAAUCAUACCGAGGUUAGAUCGAAGAGGGAGAUGGGCCUGGAUUUGUUAUUGGGCUCCACGGUCCGAUUGGGGCCGGAUCCUUUAACCUUGAAGAAGCAGAUUAGGGUUUCGGAUCCGAACAACGGCGUGUACGCGGGAUCGGCGUUCGUUUCGUCGCCUCAUCCGAGUUCCGUUCCGGUGCCGGGAUUUCUAGGGCGUAACGGCGCGGCCACCAGUGAUUUGCGGCGGUUGCUGCGACUUGAUUUGGAAUGAUUAGUUCGAUGAUUUCGGUGUUUGCUUAAUAUUUGUCUUCUACUUUGGAAUGAUUAGUUGUCGGUGUAUGAUGAUUGCCCGUACGGUCUCUGACGCGCUUCCUUUAUUUUUUCAAGAGGAUAGCCGCAGGGUUCGGGCACGUGAAGAAGAAGCGAAGAAAGCAACGCGUGAAGGUGGUAGGAAGGAGAUUUGGGCUACAGUUUCUGAAAGGGGUUAGUUAGUUAGGUAGUAUCGCCGUUAGUUUUAACUCUGUUAAAGGUAAAAGGGGUUGGGUAGAAGAAAUGAGAAUGUUGGUCUCAUAUAUGAGAAUUCUGAAUAUGUAGUUAAUGGGGGUUUCGUUUGAUAGAAGCAAGUUUGAUGUUUGUUCUGUGUUUGUUUGUGUUUUAGGGAGUGUUUGUGUAAUAAUGCUCUUAUUAUGAUACUGAUACAGUAGCUGUGAAACUUAUGUUAGUAAUGAAACGAAGUUCCUAGUAUUAGUGUGUCUUUUUUCUCUUGUGGCUCGUGGAAUUGGACAUUUGAUUGAAAACAUAUCUGCCCGUUUUUUACUUGAUAUGAUGGUUUCGGUGCAGAUCAGUGCUGUGAAGUGGCGUCAAGGAAACUCGGGGUGAAGUGCUCUUUGUCUCUGAUUAAAUGUUAUAUUACAUGUUUUGAUUUCAUGGGGAGUUUGGUGAGUCUAACUGGGGUGAUGUAUUUUUGGGAUUACUUAAAGAUCUGUUUUAUGUGUUGAGAUUUUAUUUCACAAA